AUGAUCAGGUUAUCGUCGCUAUUUCAGACUCUGCUGGUUGUUUGCUCGAUAUGGAGAGGCGUCGAGGGACAGAUGAUAGGGCAGUACGACAACAGGCAUCGGAUAUGGGCGCGACAGAAUGGCAACGGGAACAACAACGAUAACAAUAACAACAAUGGUCAACCCGAUACGAGCGCGUUCAACAUCGUCAACGGACGAAUAUUCACGCCUGGACUUGGCAUAAUACUGGCUCCCCAACCGUUCACACCUAUGGGCGGCGAUUUUCUCCAUGUCGCGAUCGAUGUCUCCGGAGAUGGCAAACUCAAAGUGCCACCGCAGAACAGAGACGACCAACUUACCCAAGUGUUCAACUUCACGAUGUUUCUCACCAGCAAUACGUUGCAGAAGAACUUCACAAUAUCCAACAUAACAACCACAACGCCGCCUUUCGCCGAUAUCAUGAAUCAGGAACCCGGAUCAACGGUCAAGCACGUCAACUUCGAAUGGCCAGACUGCUUGGUUGGCGACGGGAAAGAGGCUAUUGGAGAGACCGCCCGAGGAGACUACAACAUCACGAUUCAUCAGAACUUUCGCCUGAACGGCAGCGAUUUCUACAGCAUCUUCAACCUUCCCAUCUCCGUCACGAACAGCAUCGAACAAUUCCCGGGCGCAAACCAACUUCUCACAAAUCCAGCACCUGGACCGUUGAGCGCGAACGGCGGUCGCAUGAACUGCGAUAUGAUCUCGAAUCCGAUGAUGAGCUUCAGCGCGCUCGUCCAGAGCGUGAACAACCCGCCAGGCCAGCCGUUCCAGGACAUCCAGAUUGAGACCUCGGGAAGCGGUCAAGGAGGCCAAGUCGGAGGCCCUGGUCAAGCAAAUCCCAGUAGCAAUGGGAAUGGGAACGGUAACAGCAACGGCCAAGCCGAUGCGCAGGGCCAGCUCGGUGCUGCUUACAAGAGUGCGAGCAUACAGUAUGCAGACGUUGCAUUCACGGCCGCAGUUGCUGUUCUGGGCAUAUCAGUGGGAUGGUGA